AUGAGACUGCCACUCACGUGGUGGAUGGACAGCAUCGAAUUCGAAAAACUCUGCCAAGCUGCUAGUAAGUACGAGCGCCAUGUUCACUACCAAGAUGUUCACUAUCUCACUGUUGACUGUGACGGCAAAGAAGAGCUAUUGGAGUUCACCGAUCCUGGUCUCCUUCCACUGCGACUUCUGUGUGAUUCCGAUGAGAUCGUUGAGGACGAAGAAGAUGGUGGUUCGACAGGAAUCAGUUCCGUCUCGGAAGGCUAUGAAUCUGAUCCGGAAAGAGAGGGUAGGAUGCGUCGACGAAAUUCCAUGGAGAAAAUUCGAAAAGCGCAUGAGGACGGCGGAAUGGCGGUUGAACAGGGACAACAAUGGGCCAACGAACUCGGUCCCGACUGUGAGUUCAUGAUGCUUUCAUCAUCUCAAUUCACCGACGCGAAAACGUUCCUCGAAGGGAUUGUCAGCACCAUCCGUUCGCAUCGAAAAACCCGAGCAAGAACUCUCAUCACACGGCUAAAGCCUCGCAACAAGUUAUCACCUCGUAAAACCGAUGCGUCUUCAAAAGAUGGACGUCUAUGUUCGAAGUCACGUGCAAGUUCGAAGUCAAGCUCCACCGAGUCGAAUUCCGGUGAAAAAUUGGACAACAAGUCGAAAGUCUGCUCAAUCAUGUGA